GAGAUCUACCCUGAUAUUCCGAAUUGAAUCCAACACAUUUUAGAUCUAGAUCUAGAGUCUAGUCUAGUCUCGAAUCUAAUCUAUAAGAUAUUCUAACUAGAUCUAGAUUCUUGAGUAGUAGAUAUCUAGAUCAAAUACUAGACUAGAUCUAGACAGAUUUUUACUGCUAGUGCUACAAUCAAUCUUUAUUUUAAACUUAGGACUUAGUAUAGACCAUCAAAAGUUAAAUAGUAAAACAUCUAUAAACUCCCUGCAAUGCCAUUGGAGCCCCUUCCAGGAGGUAAGGACAGCUCUGCACAUAAAACAUCAUUAAGCUCUAACAAAGACAGCAGUGGCCUCAAGGCGUUGCCCAACGUCACAAAAGAGAACACAUUUAAACUCUCAGGGAGUACUGGGAAGGACAAAACUUCUUCAGGUGCAAGUAAGGACAGCAACUACACCAAAGUAAUGUCAAGUGGAGGAAAAGAUCUGAAUACAUAUAAACAGGCUGCUGUACUGCAGAAGACCAAGGGCCCAAGAGUCAUGCGGCGCCACCGUAGUCACACUGACAGUUCCAGGGGCUCUUUAACUCCAGCAGGUAGUAAGCUGAGAGAGGAACUUGACCUGGAAGGAGUAUUACCCACUCAGCUGCGAGACAGGCUACAUCUGUUAUUUUCACAAAUAGAAAAAGAAUUUGAGUAUCUUUAUGCUUCAAAUUUAAUAUUGCAAGAACGUUUGGACGUAGCUCAAGAGAAACUUGGCUGCGAGACAGGCACUGUGGAGAAAGUACCUCUGGAAGCCCAAGAUUCUACAGAUUAUGGAACCAAAAAUAAAAAGCCACUGUUAUCCCAACGAAUCAAAACUACAUACAAGCAGUCCACAAGCAAACUUGUCUCUAGCUUUCGAAAUCCAAAUCCUGCUUACACUGUUGUUAGACAGUUCAGAGGACAUCGUGAUGGUGUAUGGGAGGUCAGUGUGUCAAGGGCACACACACAGCAGGUCAUUGCCACAGCAUCAGCUGAUCACACUAGUCGAGUAUAUUCUGUCGAGUCUGGGGUAUGUUUGUUACAAUAUAUUGGCCACAAGGGAUCAGUGAACUCCAUUAGGUUUCAUCCCAACCAAGAACUGAUCCUGACAGCCUCUGGAGAUGCGUCAGCUCAUAUCUGGCGUGCACCCCUGUCUCAGCUAUCACACAUCGAUGCAUCUAAAUCACACUCAUCUGGUGAAGAUGACUUGGACAGUUCUGGUAGAGAAGAUGGUACUGAUGAUUUGAGUGAUUUCUCACAUGAUGCCAGUAUUAUUAGAAAUCCACAUUGUGAACUUUUGCAUCACAGUGAAGUUGUGACUGCAGCUGAUUGGAUGAACCAAGGAACUCAGGUCAUCACUGCAUCAUGGGAUAGGACAGCAGUAUUAGCAGAUGCAGAGUCAAGGGAAAUGAUAUCACAAUUAACUGGUCAUGAUCAAGAAUUGACAGAUGUCCAUGCAGACCAGAGCCAGAGACUUGUGUUGACUUCUUCUAAGGAUACCACAUUCAGGCUGUGGGACUUCCGGGCGCCAUCUAUGUUGGUGAAUGUGUUUCAAGGACACACUCAACAGGUGACAUCAUCUGUGUUUGCUAGUGGUGAUAAAGUUGUUUCUGGAAGUGAUGACCGCACAGUGAAAGUGUGGGACAUGAGAAACAUGCGAUCUCCUAUAGCAGCCAUAAGAACAGACUCUGAAGUCAAUAGGCUGUCAGUGUCACAGUCUCAGAAUAUCAUCGCCAUACCACAUGACAACAGAAACAUUAGGCUGUAUGACAUCAAUGGUGUUCGUAUCGGCAGACUGCCCAGAACUAACACUCAGGGUCAUGCCAGGAUGGUGUGUUCUGUAGCAUGGGCAGAAGGCAACCCUACUUGUAACCUGUUCUCCUGUGGGUUUGAUCGUCAAGUCCUGGGCUGGAUGAUCAAUAACUUUGUAAAGGAAUAAAACUUACCUAGAUAUGUUUGUGUUAAAGAUAGCAUGACUAUUAUUGAUGGAAAAUCUUUGCUGCAAGGAAAAUAUUUUGUGCAAAACAAUUCUAAAUGCAUCAGUGCUGGCGAAUGGCUCAGCGUGGAAUUGAUUUAUGCAGCUCUAAAAAGUUACUGAUACAGUUCGGAGAAGUUUUAACCACAUUUUGAUGAACAUUGAAGUAAUGAGACUCAGUUAAAGGUUACCAUAGAAAGUUUGAUCAUGAAGAAAAAUAUCCCUUAUUCUUUCUGUUCCUGCAUAACUAUUUUUGUGUUAACCUAAAUACAUAGAUAGUUUUGUCAAAAAAUUUUAUUUUGUAUUUACUAACAUCAAUGAACAAAUUUGAAUUAGAAAGCUUCAACUAUAAAUAUCCAUAAGUUUUAUUUUUCUGUCGAUGUAUAGCCUACUUCAGGUUUUAACAGUUAUUUAACUUUAGGAAUGUAUUAGUGCAAUAAUCUGUACAGUGGGGAUACAUACAAUAUUAAAAAAAACAACUAUUAAUUGAAACACUCAAUAUCCAAGGCUGUGACUAACUUGUGUACAUUAUAAACGUAUUCUUUACCUAAUGUUUGAUGAUAAUGUUUUAUUUUUUAUUGUUUAAUUUGCCUAUUUUUUGUUUUUUCUAUUAAUUGGAUGUCUUGAUAUGUUUUGUAUAGGAAGACACUGAAAUACUUUGACAUCUUGAUAUGUUUUGUAUAAUAAGACUGAAGUACUUUGACAUCUUGAUAUAUAUUUUGUAUAAGAAGGCUGGAGUACUUUGACAUCUUGAUAUGUUUUGUAUAAGAAAGACUGAAGUACUUUGACAUCUUGAUAUUAUGUUUUGUAUAAUAAGACUGAAGUACUUUUGACAUCUUGAUAUAUGUUUUGUAUAAUAAGACUGAAGUACUUUGACAUCUUGAUAAGUGUUGCAUAUGAAAACUACAGUACUUUGAUACUGUGCUGUAAAACAUAUUCUCUGUGUCCAUAAGAGGAGAUAUGAAAUCAAUUGUGAUAAUGAAUAGAAAAUGUUAUUUUAUCUCCCUUCUUGUAUCAUUUAAAACGUUUGAUCUUGUUUUCUGUACAUAUAGCAGGAUUGCUUUUAGCAAUGCUGAGCUGUUGUGCUAUAUGAACUGUAUUUUUGUUUUCGAUGGAAUACAUGUGUGAACUCACGAACUGUCUAUGUACAAGUAAUAAGGAGAUAAGAAAAAAUCUUGGUAUUGCUUUUGGCUUUGGUUGGAAUUAUUACAAUUUUAUUUUACUAGCAGUAGGCACUAACUCCUCCCUUCCCUUUGUCCAGCAGACACACACUUCCUUCCUUUAGUGCACCCACACAGUUUUGUUACAGGUUUUUUUCUUAUAGUUAUUGAAACUUGUUUUAAGUUUUCUGGCUAAUGAUUCCAUACGAUAUUUUGAUCUGUACACAGCUACAAUGCUUUAUAUUGAAGUAACUAUUCUUACUUUAUGUUGAAAUACAAACAUCUGUAUAAAAUAAAUCUAAAGUAUUGAUGUGACAGAUGAUCUUGAAAUGCUUGGCUUUAAAAACCAUCGAAUAGGAUCUUAUUAAUGGCUGGGAUUAUAUAUUGUGGUCGUAAUGAAAUCAUCACUCACAUGUGUUCAACUUGAGAGUCAUCUGCCUCAUUGAACACCCUCGCUCACAUAGACCAUUUAACAAGAUGGUUGUAUCACAUAAUGCUCAAUAUUUACAGAUUGGUUUAGUAAAGCACAUAAUAGGAAAAGGAAUAUCUCAGAUAUAUUUAGGCUCUUUAGAAAUUAGUUUAAUAAAUUAACAGGCUGAAUUGAGUAGUUGUUUUUUUUUUUU